GCAGUCGCGAGACGGCAGCGGCGGCUCUCAAACAACAGCAGAUACCAUUCCAGAACGUUGCGUCGACGGAAACUACGUACUGGUUGACUGUAGCGUCAUUUCGGACGUCAUAUACGCAGUGGGGAAAGCAGUAGUGCAAGCAGAGUCUAAUUACGGUGCAAUCAUAGGGCAAGCAGAGGGCCUGCCUGCCUGCAGAGAGUGAGAGCGGGACACAACACAAUGAUUACCUAGCGGGGGCCGGAGACCCAAAUUAACAUAUUGCUAAAGGGAUUAGAAACAAAAAAAAUACUUCAACAACACCAAUACACCACAAAAACAACAACAACAACGAAAGAUGUCCAAUAUCCAAGAGGAGACGUCAGCAGCGACGCUGACGUCAGUGUCUAGGAAGGAGGAAAAGUUGACGACGUUAGGGGAAAGAACGAAGAUAAAUUGUUUGAAAUAUAAUGCAUUCUACAAUAAUAAUGCAAUAACACCAACAAUUGAGGUAUUAGCUACAACAGCAACAACAAAAACAACAACAACAACAAUCGGAGCAGCGGCAGGAGCAGCAACAACAUUAUCGCCCAGCAACAUUUGUGUCUUGUGUCGGCAACAAAUGACUGAGGAGACAUGUGGCUGCUGUGUAACUAAAGCAGUGGAAUCACCAUCACCAUCACCAACUCUGGUGGCAACUCGGCCAAGAAUAUCACACGUAGCAGAAUUUUGCUUUGAAUCAAAUACAAUUACAUUUGUAGAACGUCCAAUUAAGUGGGUGGAAGAACCAUUAUGGUGCAACUUUGAUUGGGGAACGUAUUUCGUACAUGCAGGAAAAUUGGAAUGCAGAAGAAAGGAUAAUGAUGAUGAUGGUAAUGGUAAUGGUAAUGAUGACGAUGAUGAUGAUUAUAGAGACAACACAAAGAACAAUCGACGGCUACGGCAGGAUCACUUCAAUAUCUAUAGCAAUUGCCACAAUAUACUGAGAACGCUGCAAUCGUUGCUGCUGCUCAUGCAGAAUAGUGCCAUAUUCACAAAGCGACGUAGAAGGCAGCAGCAGCAGCAGCAGGGGGUGCAGGAGCAGAAGCAGGAGCGGGAGCAGAAGCAGGAGCAGAAGCGGGAGCCACAAAACCAACUAAAACAAAAAUAUGUAAAUUAUUAUACAAAAUUCCUAUUGCUGUUGGAGACAAUAUCAGCAGCAACCACAACAAGACUGAGUUUAAGCCGUAAAAAAUACAACAAAUAUAAUUCUAUACAUAAUCAACAACAACAACAACUACAACUACAACAACUAGGGAGUAAACGUGCCACAUCACAAGUUCAACAACAGAAACAGAAAGAGCAGGAGCAGCAGGAGCAGCAGCAGCAGCAGCGGCGUCAACGAUUUCAUCACAAACACCAACGUCACCAUCAUCAGCAUCAGCAUAAUGGAAUACCCAGUCUGGCUUUGAUAUUAGCUGGCCUGCUGGCAUUGCAUGCCACCACAGCCAUGCAACUGCAACCGCAACGGCAACCGCAACCAGAUGAGAUCUACCAAGAACAAACCCAUGAAAAUCUGCAACAGGAGCAACAGCAACAGCAACAGCAUCGGCAUCAGCAUCAGCAUACGCAGGACGAUAUAUCCGAUAGAAUUGAGUUCCGAUUGCGUCGGGCCAGCAGCAGCAGUGGCAGCAGCAGCGGCAGGCCCAACGAUCAGAUACGAUUGUCACACAACGAAAGAACCUGCAAGUCAAUGGACAUACGGAACACGGCCAGGGAGUUCAGUCAGCUGUCCAACUGCACCAUCAUUGAGGGCUUCCUGCUGAUCACACUGAUUAACGAUGCCGAUCAUCUGAACGAGUCGUAUCCGCAGCUGACGGAGGUCACCGAAUAUGUGCUCGUGUAUCGGGUGAACAAUCUGGUGUCGCUGUCGAAGGUGUUCCCCAAUCUGAGCGUGAUACGCGGCAACAUACUGUUCGAUGGGUACGCCCUGGUGGUCUACUCGAAUCGCGAUCUGCAGGAUCUGGGACUGUCCAAGCUGCGGGCCAUCGCCAAUGGGGGUGUGCGCAUCGAGAAGAAUCCGACGCUGUGCUUUGUGCACACCGUCAACUGGCUGCACAUCAUGGCCGAGAAUGCCACCAAGUCGGAGGUGGUGCUGCAAACGAAUCGCAACGAGGCCACCUGCCCCAAGUGUCCGGGCGAGAUCAAGGGCGGCGAUGUCCAGGACAUGAACGGUUCGAAUGGUGGCGAGCCGAGUGUCAGCUGCCCGGAGGAUGCGGACCACAAGCGCUACUGCUGGGACACCAAAUCGUGUCAGACAAUUUGCCCCAAGGAGUGCCGCAACAACUGCAUCGAUGAGCAGCACUGCUGCAACAAGGCCUGUCUGGGUGGCUGCAUCAAGGACAAAAAUGGCCACAAUGGCCAAAAUGUGUGCAUCAGCUGUCGCUAUCUAUCGAUAUACAAUACCACCUGUGUGGAUACCUGUCCAGAGGGUUUCUAUCGGUACGACAGACGCUGCAUCACGGCCGAAAUGUGCGAACAGAUUGGCACCAAAUACGAGACCAAGGAGAUGCCUUUGGCCCACUACAAUGGCCAGUGCACGACACGCUGCCCCAAGGGCUACCAAAUGGAGAACAGCACCUGCGUCAAGUGCCAGGGCCAGUGCGAGAAGACCUGCGAGGGUGAACUGAUUGAUAGUCUGGUGCGGGCGAGAGAUUUUCAUGGCUGCACCAGAAUCGGACCAAACAAUGGCCUCACCAUCAGCAUCAAACGCGAGGGCAGAUCACACAUUAUGGAGGCCCUGGAGUUUGGACUGGCAUCGGUGCACACGAUUGAUACCUACCUGAAGGUGCAUCUGACCUAUGGCCUCACCUCGUUGCGGUUCUUCAAGGCACUGCGUGAGAUACGUGGCGCGCCCAUGCUGGAGAAUCUGUACGCUCUGUAUGUGCUGGAGAACAACGAUCUGGAGGAGAUUUGGGGGCCCAAUCAGACGGUGUACAUACGAAAUGGUGGCGUCUUCUUUCACUUCAAUCGAAAGCUGUGCGUGUCGACGAUCAACGAACUGCGCCCGAUGAUGGCCUCCAAGCCGGAGUCGUUCAACAAGAGCGAAGUGGCCACCGAUUCGAAUGGCAAUCGAGGAUCAUGUGGCACGGCCAAGAUACUGGUUACAGUGGACGGCACCAGACCCCGCAUUGCAUUAGUGAAGGUGGAUAAAGAAUCCGUGAUCCUGGGCGAUCCAGUGGGCUCGAACAAGACGAUAAGCAACACAUCGAUAUUCUUCAAGGAUCCGCGUGCAUUUAUUGGCUUUCAGUUCUAUCAUAUGAUCGAUCCGUAUGGCAAUGCCACAAAGAGCAGCUACCAGCCAUGCGAUGACAGAUGGACCGUCAGUGAUCCGAUUAAGGUGUUUGGCCACAUCUUUGUCGAUCUGAUACCCUACACGCAGUAUGCGUUCUAUGUGCGCACCAUGGCCAUCUCCUCCGAGUCGACAAAUGGCCAGAGCGAUGUCAUGUACUUUCGCACGAUGCCCGCCCAGCCGUCAAUGGUGCCGGCCAUCACGGCCACUUCGGUUUCCAGUUCGGAAAUUCAAGUCACUUGGAAUCCGCCAAGGUAUCCGUACAGCAAGCUGACGCAUUAUUAUGUCAAGGCAGAGCUGACCAUACGGACAGCCAAGGAUACGCCACAGCGCAACUAUUGCGUGGAUCCCAUUGUUAAGGCCAUGGACAAUGAGUUGAUUGUGGCCCCAACGCCGGCAGAGAAAACCCAACCGGAUCCCCUAACGCGCGAGGGGGACUGCAAAUGCGAGGAGGGCAGCAGAAAGACCGCCGAUCGGGAUCAAGACGAUCGCCGAAUACACGCCCAGAUGGAGUUUGAGAAUGCCUUGCAGAACUUUAUCUACGUGCCGUCACCGAAGAAGGCGCAGGGCAAGGCUGGCGCAGGUGCUGGGGCCGGUGCAGGUGCGGUUGUCGGCCUGCUGCCCUCCGCCAACAGCAUUGACGAUGGCAGUGGUCCGGGAAACGCCAUCCGACGGCGACGGGAUAUUGAUUUUGAGUCUGGAUUCGAGAGAUUGGGCGGCAGCUUUCUGCUGCGGCAUGUGCGUGCCCUCAAGGACGAGCCCCUGAACAUAUCGACGCCGAGCAUUGUGGAUCCCGAGGCGUGGGUGAACGAGACGCGAAUGUCGGCCCUCGGCGACUACUACGAGGUGCUGGGCGCCCAGGUGCUGGCCAACACGACCUCCUUCUCGUUCAAGCGGCUGCGGCAUUUCACACUCUACACGAUCUUUGUGGUGGCAUGUCGCGAGCGAGCGGGUCCCACCGACAAGGAGCCCAUCUGCAGCUCCAUGAAUCCCAUUUACAAGCUGACCAACAGGAAGGACGAUGCCGACAUGGCACGCAACCUGACUGUGGCCCGGGAGAACGCGAAUAACACUCAGUCCUCGGUGCGAUUGCGUUGGCUGCCGCCCAGCGAUCCCAAUGGCGAUAUUGUGGCCUACGAGCUGGCCUAUCGCCUGCAGAAACCCGAUCAGGUGGAGGAGAAAAAGUGCAUCCUAGUGGCGGAUUUCCUCAAUCUCACCGACGGCUAUCCGCUGCAUCUGAACGAGGGCAACUACAGCUUUCGGGUGCGUGCCAAUUCCCUGGCGGGGCAGGGCAUCUACUCGGAGUUCGUCUACAUCGAUGUUCAGCCACGACCAAGCUAUGAGAAGUACGUGAUCUGGUUCUCGGGCAUCAUCUGUGUCCUGGUGAUUGUCUGCCUGAUGGUCUAUGUGCGGCAUCUGCGCAAGAAGGGACGGCCCAACGAUCUGCACAUGAACACGGACGUGAAUCCGUUCUAUGCGAGCAUGCAGUACAUACCGGACGACUGGGAGGUGCUGCGCGAGAACAUCAUCCAGUUGGCGCCGCUCGGCCAGGGCUCCUUUGGCAUGGUGUACGAGGGCAUACUGAAGUCGCUGCAGGGCAACGCCGACCAGGAGUGCGCCAUCAAGACGGUCAACGAGAAUGCCACCGACAGGGAGCGUACGAAUUUCCUCAGCGAGGCCAGUGUGAUGAAGGAGUUCGACACGUUCCAUGUGGUUCGACUGCUGGGCGUCUGCUCGCGGGGCCAGCCCGCCCUGGUCGUCAUGGAGCUGAUGAAGAAGGGCGAUCUAAAGUCCUAUCUGCGCGCCCAUCGGCCCGAGGAGCGCGACGAAGCGAUGCAGGCGUAUCUGAAUCGCAUCGGCGUCACCGGUAAUGUCCAUCCGCCCACCUAUGGCCGCAUCUAUCAGAUGGCCAUCGAGAUAGCCGACGGCAUGGCCUACCUGGCUGCGAAGAAGUUUGUCCAUCGCGAUCUGGCGGCACGUAACUGCAUGGUCGCCGAGGAUCUGACGGUGAAGAUCGGUGACUUUGGCAUGACGCGCGACGUGUACGAGACGGACUACUACCGCAAGGGCACCAAGGGUCUGCUGCCCGUGCGCUGGAUGUCGCCGGAGAGUCUGCGCGAUGGCGUCUAUUCCAGUUCCAGCGAUGUCUUCAGCUUCGGUGUGGUGCUCUGGGAGAUGGCCACGCUGGCGGCCCAGCCCUAUCAGGGCAUGUCCAACGAGCAGGUGCUGCGCAACGUCAUCGAUGGUUGCAUUAUGGAGCGGCCGGAGAACUGUCCCGAUGUGUUGCACAAGCUGAUGCAUCGCUGCUGGCACCAUCGGCCGUCGGCGAGGCCCAGUUUCCUGGACAUCAUUGCGUAUCUGGAGCAGCAGUGCCCCGAUUCGGAGUUCAAGGACGUUUCGUUCUAUCACUCGGAGGCGGGACUGGUGCACCGUGAGAAGGAGCGCAAGGAGCGCAGCCAGAACGAUGCCUUUGCGGCAGUGCCGCUGGACCAGGACCAGGAGGAUGCCACAAUGCCGCUCAGGGUGGGCGACUAUCAGGGCUACAAGUCCAACAUGGACCCCAACUCAUCCCUUGACCAGGCUGCAGAGAGUCCCAUUGCCCUGGUGGACGAUCAUGUCACCCAUUCGCCCUUCAGCCUGCAGUCUGGGUUCAUUGUGAGCAGCACUCCCGACGCCCAGUCGACGAUGCCCACGGCGGGGGCCUCGCAUGGCGACGAUGCGUCUGCCUAUGUGCAGCCGGACGCCGAGGCCUUGGUCGCCGAUCGGGGCUACGAGAUCUACGAUCCGAGUCCGAACUUUGCCGAGCUGCCCACGAGCCGAAGCGGCAGCACCGGCGGUGGUGGAGGCGGCGGUAAGCUGAGCGGGGAGCAGCAUUUGCUGCCGCGAAAGUCUCGCCAGCCCAUCAUCAUGAGCAGCUCCAUGCCCGACGAUGUGAUUGGCAUUGGUGGAGGCGGCUCCUCCCUGCAGCCAUCGACGGCCUCGGCGGCCAGUUCGAAUGCCAGCUCCCACACAGGUACAAGCGGCGGCGGCGGCCGCUAUCCCAGCCUGAAGCGAGUCGUGGCCGACACGCUGCGGAACAGGGCCAACAUCUUCAAUCGUCAUCUGUUCAACCACAAGCGCAGCGGCAGCAAUGCCAGCUACAAGAGCAGCGCCUCGAAUGCACCCAGCACCAGCAGCAAUUCGAACCUCACCAGCCAUCCGGUGGCCAUGGGCAAUCUGGGCACCAUCGAGAGCGGCGGCAGUGGCUCUGCGGGCAGCUACACGGGCACACCGCGCUUCUACACGCCCACUGCGACGCCCAGCGGCGGGGCAUCGACCAUUAUCAGCGAUAAUCCCAACUACAGGCAGCUGGACGAGUCGAUAACGAGCGGUGGCACGACCAGGUCGCCGGGUAACUCCUGGAGCCAACGAACGGAUAGCGAACAGGCCACAAUACUGACCACCAGUAGUCCGAAUCCCAACUACGAGAUGAUGCAUCCCACAACGGGGCAGGGUCCGUUACAGGGACAGGCACAGAGACAGAGUCAGGGUAACUCCAACUCUAAUGCAGGGGCAGGAGCAAACGACAAUCCCAACUAUGUGCUGAUGAGCGAGCCAGAGCUGGUAAUUAGCAGCAAUCCAAGCUACGCCUUCAUGCAUGCACCGCAGUCCCGUCUGAGCAGCUCCGAUGAGGACAACGACCUGGAGGAGGACGACGCCGAGGAUGAUGACGACGACGACGAAGACGAAGACGAGGACUUGGAUGAUGAGCAUGUGGAGCACAUAAAAAUGGAGCGCAUGCCGCUGAGUAGGCCCAGGCAGCGAGCGCCCAGCAAACCGAAUCCGCAGCGCAGUCGAAGCGUCAGCCAGACGCGAAAGUCGCCAACUGCAGCGGCAAACUCUGGAGCGGCGCGGGCAGCAGCUGAAGCAGUGGCAGCGGCGGCCAGUAAUGUUUCCAAUUCGCUGAAGGAGAACUGGCUGAGGCAGGCGAGCGGUUCGACGCGGCCACCACCACCAAAUGGAUUCAUAGGACGUGAAGCGUAGUCCACGAGGGACGAAAGGAUGCAAAGGCAAAGAGAGUGUAAAUAGAGUGGAGUGGAGAUGCCUAUGGGAACUGUAAAUUCGCUUCGAUUAACAAUUUAGGAUUAAGGCCAAGCAACCCCAACCCCAACCGCCCCCACACAUCUAUGUAUAAAUUGUAAUCAUUUUUUUUUGGAUUAAGCCUAUUUAUGUUAACGUAUUCGUUUAGUAUUUACACACGAUAGUUUUUGUUUUGUUUAAAUCAAUGAAACUAGAGCCGUUAAAACAAUACAAAACAAACAACAAAAACAAACAACAAAAACAAACAACAAACAAACAAAAACAAAACAAAACAGACAAACAGAUAGAAAAGCGAAAGCGAAGCAAAAACAAGUCCUACAUGCAAAUAACAAAAGUACAAAAGCCAACAACCAACCAACCUAAGUACCGUUUAAAUAGACAUACAAAUUCUACCAAUUACCAAUUAUAAAUUAUUGAAUUAUGAGCCACUACCUAAUACUACAACUACUACUACUACUACUACUUAUACUAUUACUUAUA